AUGGCUGUGGCGCGGCCGACGCUGCGACUGUCGCAGAUUCCGCCGGGUACCUCACCAGCGUUCAUCAAGUCGCUGAUACCGCCGUCGCUGACGGUCGAGGACGUCAAAAUGGUACCCACGUCUGGUUCGUCAACCGAGAGGAAAUGCACGGUUGCCGUUGUCACACUCUCGCAGGAGACCCCGGCUACAGAAAUCGACGCAGUCGUCAGCUUGCUGCAGAACCGGUACUUGGGCUAUGGCUUCUACCUGUCCCUCCAUCGCCACCUGUCUUCGGCAGUCUCGUCCGUCGCGGCGCCGACCCUAGCCACCUCGUCAACAGGCUCCCAGCCGUUUGGCGCGAAACCCGUUGCGCAGCAAACAGGCCCCGGCAACGGUCCCUCCCAACAGACACAUCGCGGUUUUGCCCCGCCGACAUCCUACAACCAAAUGGCCGGCACGGCAGUCAACAGGAACAGCAUCCUUCACGUCCCCGUAACGCCGCCGCACGACGUCAAGACGCUCCAGCUCAUCAACAAGACGCUCGAAUCAGUCCUGGAACACGGGCCGGAGUUUGAGGCGCUGCUGAUGACGCGAGCCGAGGUCCAGCGUGAGGAGAAAUGGGCCUGGCUGUGGGACGCCAGGAGCGUGGGUGGCGUGUGGUACCGUUGGCGGCUCUGGGAAAUCGUGACGGGCGCCUUGUCGAGCGGCAGCAAAGGGCGCUAUCUACCUCUUUUUGACGGUAGCCAUGCGUGGAAGGCGCCGGAGAAGAAGUUACCGUUCGAGUACACGACGCACAUUGACGAGUUCAUCUCGGACUCAGAGUACAACUCGUCCGACGAUGAGGACAUGGAUGGCGAGGCCAACCGCGAGGCAAACGCAGGCGCCGAGGUUGAAAACACUUUUCUGAACCCCCUCGACAAAGCCAAGCUCACCCACCUCCUGUCACGACUACCAACGACGCUAUCGAGAAUACGCAAGGGGGACAUUGCACGCAUCACAGCUUUUGCUCUGACACAUGCCAGCCGUGGCGCCGAUGAGGCUGUCGCCAUGAUUGCCGCAAACAUCAACAAACCAUUGGCUCUCACCGCCGCCAACCCGACUCUGUCAAGAGACGAAAGAGACAAGAGCAAACAGCGCGACGGCUCGGACCAAUCCGACGCGGAGCAAGAUGGCAAGGCAGACAAGGAGAAGGAGAGUCAGGAUACGAGUGGAGCCAGUCUUGUGGGUCUCUACGUGGUGAGCGACAUUCUCUCAUCGCCUCUACGAGCGGAAUUCGACACGCGUGGCGAUUCCGACAGCACUUCGAGGGAGCGCUCAAGGAUGCCAGGGUGUUCGAAAAGCUGGGCCUCAUGGCCGACCAGCGCCGCUGGGGUCGACUCAAGGCAGACAAAUGGAAACGCAGUGUGGGCAUGA